ACUUGUUUACUACACAGAAAGUCGUAGCUAAUCUUUAUGCAUGCAAAUUUUAUAAAAGUUUAGGGUUUUAAACAUGGGAAGAGCUCCAUGUUGUGAGAAAAUCGGGUUGCGAAGAGGCCGAUGGACUGCGGAAGAAGACCAGAUACUGUCGAACUACAUUCAAGAACAUGGUGAAGGUUCUUGGAGAUCAUUGCCUAAAAAUGCUGGAUUGUUGAGGUGCGGGAAAAGUUGUAGAUUGAGAUGGAUAAACUACUUACGAUCCGAUGUAAAGAGAGGAAACAUAUCACCUGAGGAAGAAGAUGUCAUCAUCAAGCUGCAAGCCUCGCUCGGUAACAGGUGGUCUCUAAUAGCGGGCCACUUAGCGGGACGAACAGACAACGAAAUAAAGAACUACUGGAACUCACAUUUGAGCCGCAAAGUAUCCCCUUCAUCCCCUACUGCUACCUCCAAACGUCGUAGAUCCGAGGUGAAGACAAAGAAACCUCGUAAGAUAACCGUGGAGAAACAAAGUGAGCGCGGCGAAGGUGGAGAGAUUGAGGGCAUGGUAAUGAAGCCAACCGCGGAGUUGCCAAUGAAUGAUAAUUUGAAGUCUACAAGCUCAUCAACAAAUGACGGUAGCCAAGGGGUUAAUGGUGAGGUUGAGUGGGACUGGGAGUGGGAUUUUGAAGGUGGUGAUAGGAUGUUAGGGUUAGGGUUAGGGUUAGAGGGUGAGGAAAAUGAUGAUAUUGUGUCAUGGCCAUGGGAGAGUCCCACACAUGUUGGAGUGGAUGUUGAGAAGCAAGAUGCAAUGAUUGCAUGGUUGCUUUCUUAGUUUUUUUCUAUUUUUCUUUUUUUGAAAGGAUUUGAAUUAUUAGUUGGUUCACUAUGUAUAUAUAUUUCAUAUUUGUGUCCCAAUGAUCCAGAUUAUAAGUUUUUAGUACAAAGCAAGUACUUGACUA